AUGAAGUCCCUGCUCUUCAGCCGCUUCCUCCUGCUGCUGCCCUGGGUGCUCAUCGUCAUCAUCGUGCUGGACAUCGACAGCAGCCGGCCGCCGCUGCCCGCCCUGGCCCCCCGCGGCGGGGGCGGGGGCGGUAGCGGGGGGCCCGGCCGGCGGCGGCGCGGGCCCCCCCAGCGGCGGCCCGAGGCGGCGCUGCCCACCAUCUAUGCCAUCACGCCCACGUACAGCCGCCCGGUGCAGAAGGCCGAGCUCACCCGCCUGGCCAACACCUUCCGGCAGGUGGCGCGGCUCCACUGGAUCCUGGUGGAGGACGCGGCGGCGCGCAGCGAGCUGGUGAGCCGCUUCGUGGCGGGCGCCGGCCUGCCCUGCACGCACCUCCACGUCCCCACGCCGCGCCGCUACAAGCGGCCGGGGCUGCCCCGCGCCACCGAGCAGCGCAACGCCGGCCUGGCCUGGCUGCGGCAGCGGCACCAGCACCUGCAGCCCCCGCAGCCCGGGGUGCUCUUCUUCGCCGACGACGACAACACCUACAGUCUGGAGCUUUUCCAGGAGAUGCGUACAACCCGCAAAGUGUCGGUAUGGCCCGUGGGACUGGUAGGAGGACGACGAUAUGAGCGCCCAGUCGUGGAAAACGGCAAAGUUGUUGGCUGGUACACUGGCUGGAGAGCUGACAGGCCCUUUGCUAUUGACAUGGCAGGAUUUGCUGUGAGUCUUCAAGUGAUUCUGUCGCAUCCAAAAGCCGUAUUCAAGCGUCGUGGUUCUCAACCAGGAAUGCAAGAGUCUGACUUUCUGAAACAGAUAACAACAGUGGAGGAACUGGAGCCAAAAGCAAACAACUGCACAAAGGUUCUUGUAUGGCACACACGAACAGAAAAAGUAAAUCUAGCUAAUGAGCCAAAAUACCAUCUGGACACAGUCAAUAUUGAGGUAUGACCUGGAGACAGAGUUACACAGGACAUACAGUACACCGGAUGUGUCAGAAUAGUCUGCUUCUGCGUGAGACCUUUUAAUAGUCAUCUGAUGGACUUCUGUGGAAACAAAAGGAAGUUGUCAGAUACUCUAACAAGCAAAUCAAGUGGGUGUGCUUUGUUCUAACUUGUCUGCAUGCAUUUCUGAACUCUCGUCCUAAUAAACUGACACUUACCUUUGUUUUAAGGCUGUUUCCACAUAGUAAAAACAAUCAAAGAGAAACAUGGCUGCAAUGGAGUAUUUUCAAAAUCAUCAUUUAUGUAUAUAGUUUUUGUAUUUAUCCAGCUUAAUGGUGUAAUUAUAAACUGAUUUUAAAUCACGAACUGUUGAUCUAAAUAUUUGCAUAAAUGGAUCCUCCAAAUGGAACAGGUUUUCCUUCAUUAAAAGUAGACUUCUUGAAGAAAUAGCAGUCAAAUAGGUCAUACAAUAACGAAAUAAAAACCCACAAUCAUUUAUGGA